AACCUGCUGGCCAGAAACUAUCCAAAGAUGGCCACGAAAAGAAGAAAGAUAUGACUUUCUAGUAGUGAAAUUUGAAUAUUACAAAAGCAUCAGCACUACCACCAAACAUUUACUUGCACACACAAAUACUUUUAUGCCACCUCCGCCCCUACAUCCAAGCUACUAGCUUCCGCCUUUUAUAACCUCUCUGUUUCCUUCAUCGUUCACCACUAAAAAAAAGAAGCUAUUCUAGUUGGUACGGCGCGCGCCACGGGACAAGCCUCUAACGCGCGCGCGACAAAUUAUAUUACACGUAACAACUGGUUGCCGCAGACAUAACAAAGCGCCCAUCCCUGCUCAUGUCAUCUGAGCGAAGACAUCUCAUAUUUCUCGCAGCCGUUGCGGCAACUGGCGCGGGUUUCGCAGCAACAAUAAGAAAUGAUUGGAUCCGAAGUCUCCUCGGUCUUGAAGCCGAAGAAGAUCCCUCACCAAGUAAUGAAGCAUUUCGAGAGAUUCUGCUGCAGCAGAAAAACAGAAAGACGGUGGCAUCACAAUUCCUUAAUGAAGCGAUUUAUGAGGAGUAUAAAGACGCAAAGACGGUUUACGGGUUCAGGUUAUUUGAUAUUUUAAGUUACGAUGUUAGUUAUAGAGACACUAUUGGUAUAAGGGCGACUGACGAGGAAUGUUAUUACACAUUUAUCAAACUUUUUGAUCCGGUUAUUAGCAACUUUUGUGUGGAGUCCUACAGAAAAGUGCCUAGGGCCACUCAGACAUCAGGAAUAAGGGAUAAAAGAAAAAUUGAUAAUUGUGACUCCGACGUGUCUCCUUUCAGUCAACCUUUCGUUGGGAGAAAAGAUGAUAGGAUGGGACUGGAAUACCUCAGAGAAGUGCCUGGGGCCUCUCAAAUUUCUAUUAAAGAAAAAACAUCUUUAUUAACAGAUGCUCACAUAAAAGACCUAGGUUCUGAGACUAGUUUCGAUAAAGAACGAUACCAAGGUGACGAAAGGACACAAGAAACAGAUACUUUUUCCUAUGAAGAAAAUAGAAUCUCAUCUGCACCGCAUAGUAGCACAGAACAAGGGGACUUUCCCUCAAAACACGAGUCCUCAUAUCCAAGAGUAGAAAAAAAUGUGUCUUAUGUUUAUCCAUCCAAUGUGGUGUCCCUCGUGGGCGUUACUGGGACCCUUGAUGCACAUGUUGUCUCGUGUCGUGUGAGAGUUGUGCGGUCUCUGCAAGGAUUUCCCUUUGCCUGGGUUUGCUCUCCUAACGAGAGAAGAGAAAUCCAAAAUGUUGUAAAGCAGGCUUUGGACAGCUUGAAAGAACCAGACAGCGAGUACUACAAGCUUGCCCGAAUAAGCAGUAAAUCACGUGACACGCUGAUAACCAAGCAUGGCAUUUUCAGAAAUCAGAAGUUAGACUGCGACGACACCUGGAGCUCGGGGCGAGGAAUCUGGCGUGACGGAACCAGUAACGCAAUCGCACUUGUCAACGAAAGAGAACACAUAAUUUUCCUCACACAAGAGUUCGGUGGUGAUCUAUGUCACGCAUUUUAUCGAAUGCGUGACCUAGUGGAGCGGACCGAGCUCGCGUUGGAGAAGACUGGCCACAAGUACAUGCACAGUGUUGUGUAUGGCUUUCUAGUUUCCAGUCCCCAGGAAGUCGGCACUGGGCUGAGGAUAAGUGUGAACGUUAAACUACCACAUCUACUAUACGAGCCAAGACUACCAUUUAUCAUGAGCACGCUGGGUCUGGAGAAACGCCAGAGGGGAGUGAGCAACUGUGACUACCCUGACUUGGUGGAGAUCUCGAACAAGUAUCGCGCAGGGCUUACAGAGCACGAUCUCCUGAGUCAUAUGUUCAACAGCAUAACUCUUCUGGUUGCCAUGGAGAAGCGUCUCAAUAGGGGAAAGCCGAUAGAUCCGUUGCUAGGCAACCUAAUGGAGCAUAUCGGAAAAGAGAAGCAAGGUUGUAGCCGAUGAGGGAUCUUUAUUCCAUACUAUUAGUAGCUUGUUAUUAUAGUUUUAACUGAUGUUUACAUUAAAAAAGAUUAAUAUAAUAGGGAAACAGAUUACGUAUCAUACUAUCUAGUGGGGCCGAAUAUCAUUGCGAAGCAAAUAUUCUUUUCAAAUUAUAUCAUUUUACAUUAAUGAAGAAUAAAUAACACCUAAAUUCUUAGGUAUGUACAGUAUAGCUAUUCUGCGGUAAUCCUUGCAGUUUUUCUAAUAAAACAUUCCAUUUGCGUCUCUGCAA